AGUAUGUUUUAAGGAAUAAAUGUUUAAAUGGCUUUCUAUAAAGGUUUAAGAUAACAGUUUGGGAUGAUACACCUCCUGUGCAUUUCAUUAGCCAACCCAAAGUCAUAUCAUUAAACCGUCAUAUAGCUUAAGUUAACAUUAAAGUUCGGCAGUUAAAAUACUUUGCACAACAUAGUAUUUUAAAUCAUAUCUUAUAUUAACAUAUUCUGAAUCACAGUCAACCAGUCGUGAAAUCUAUGGAAUUAGUCUUUGUGUUUUGUGGCCUUUUAACCAUGCACAUCCAGAUAAUAUUUUUCAAUUAAUUCUGUGCAUUAUUGUUUCAACUUAAAUAUUUGACAUGAACUGUUUAUGUAUUACAGUGGUUACCUUUAGUUUACAGAGUUUUGGGUGAUUCUGAUGUAAUUUCUGUCCUGACAGAUGGGAUGAGUCCCACAGAGGUCUGCUGGCAGACCCUUCUGGCCAUGUAGCCAAUAGCAUGCGCAUGUAUACCUAAUAAUACCUAGCCUAUAUCUAAUGCUGACUAAUAUAGUUUCUUGCUUGCAUAGGGUUCCCGUAACUUUAACCCAAUCCCAUAUAAUGCUGAGUAUAUGGGACACAAGAUGCACAUGGACCAAAAUGAGAAAUUGGUCAUGUUUGGAGUGACUCAUGUGAUUGCUGUGGAUGGAUACAGCAAGAAAAUUGUUGCAAAUGCAACUAUGCCUGUAAAAAACAAUCUAGCCAUCUAUGAAGAGGUGUACAGACCUGCAGUAACACAUUAUGGAAUGUGGGAUCAACUUCGUGUGGAUCAUGGCAAAGAGUUUUACCUGUGCCUCUACAUGCAAGAGACGCUGUCAGAAUAUAGACACAACCAGCAAAGACAGCCAUACCUCCAAACACAGUCAACAAGGAAUCACACAGUGGAAAGGAUGUGGCCAGAAAUUAACAACAGAGUGAAUUAUCCACUAAAGGAGGCCCUCAUCCAGCUACAAGAUCAGGAAGCAAUAGAUAUGGAGGACAGUCUGACAAGGUUCUGCACAUCUAAUCUGACCUGCCAGAUGGGCCAAAUUGGCAUAAACAGAUUUGUGCAAUCAUGGAAUGCUCACAGAAUUCCAGAAAGAGGGAUACCAAAUCACCUAGCAGGGACUGGAACACCAAGAAAAAUCACAACCGAUCUUCUACCAGAUGCCACAGUUGCAGCUGACAUGUAUGACAGGGACAUGGGAUCCUCCCUCACCAGAGUAUCUUCAUUCGGAAGUGAUCCCUUUCUGUCCGAGGCUGACAAAGUGAGAGCAGAGCAGCACUUUGCACGUUAUUACCCCGACCUUUCAGUUAUUUUUGACAGUGCUGUCAAUUACAACUAUGCUCCCUUCAAAGAGGCCUUGAUCUACCUCAUUGAUGUAACGAAGACUUGUUCCUAAUUUCAUGUGCAGUGGAUUGUGAGGAGCCUUGUUACAGAUUGCUGGACAUAUGUGUCUGUGGACACCAUUAUGCAGUUACUACUACAAAAGUAGAGGGUGUAAGUAUACCCUGAUAGUAUUUACCAUACAAGUUUUACUUUAUAUGUGGAUA